CCAAUCUGACCAAUCAGUGUGGAUUAUAGGAAGAAUCAGCCAAUAAAUGCCGGCAUGUCUUUUUGUUGGCCAAUCACCUUUAAGGAUGUUCCCUUUGCCUCCUUGCUGCAAUGGGAAAUGAAUGACAGGCUAGCCGUUAGCCACACACACAAGCAGAAUUUUCUUUUUACACUCAACAGCAAGAAAGCAAAGUAACUGAAGAUAGUUUGGGGUUUUUUAAACUACUGCGUUUGGAACGGGACGCUCGUGAAUUCAACCGCAGGAUCGUAAAUGGAUUAACGAGUGAUGCUAACAACAACCGUUAGCAUGUGCUAGCAUGCAGGAAGACUAUCGAGUCUGCCUGCAGAAUGAGCCGACAACAGCCUAUUACUUGAAGGCUGGAGGACUAAGUGCCACCAUGUACCUGAGCCCUCAACAUCCCAGGGUCAAGUCCGGCUGCAGCACCAGCUCCAGCAUCACAGAGCUGCUGACCGCCCUGUGUGACAGCAGCCUGGCCGGGGUGUCGUGGAAGCGUCGGGCCCUUGGAGGCGUCUCAAGAGAAGCCUUCCACAAAGCUCUGAAGAAGCGAGCCUAUGGCACCUUGCUGUCAAAGCUUUUCCAGGAUGGCGUCAAAGCGCCCGCCACCUCUGGGCCCAGCUCACCUCCGAGGAACAGAGUCUUGAUGAUAUGCUUUGACCUGAGAGUAGCGGGUUGCCGGGAGGAGGCAGAGAGGCUGGAGGAGCUGCUGGAGACGCUUCCGGAGGGGGCCGCCUCUGGCCUGAGCGAGCUGGAUUCCGUCCUUGAGCUCCUGGUGCACCUGGCCGGCUCCUCGCCCCCGCCGCCGCCCUGCUUCAGCCGGGACUACAUGAGGCGGGAGCGGCCCGUGCUGCGGAGACCCGCACCCUGGCCUUACCAGAGCACGGAGCUGCAGAGGCUGGAGGCCCGCGCCUGGGGGCUCGUGUGCGGGGAGGAGUGGGCGUCCGUGGAGCACUUAUGCGGAACUCGGAGGUUGAUGAAAGCUCAGCCAGGUGCAGGCUUGAUGGCUCUCAAGACUAAAAUGGACACGGAGGAGAGAUUUGAGAAAGAGACCAGGUUGACCUUGUUUGGAGCCUUGCAGCACACUCGAACCUCAGACCUGGACAUCAGACUGGACCUUCCUCCUGUGCCCAGCAACGUUGAUGUAACUGGGCUGACCAUCAGGGUUCCGCCGUGUCUGGAUCAGUCUGACGAUGAAGGCUUCCAGUCGGCCUCCAACCUGACGCCGGACUCUCAGUCGGAGGCCAGCCCCGGUCCAGAGAUGGAUGUGUGGGAAGCUCUGCGGACGUUCGAGCCCGGCGUGCGUUGCUGCUGGGAGUCUGUCGGCUGGCCGCCCGGCAGGAGAGAGUCCUUGUACCUGAGCGAGAGCGGCAGAGAGGCCUUCGACCAGCUGUACCGCCUGUGGGAAGGUGAAAUGAGGGUGGUCAGCGGCAGCGUGCCCUCCCCCCUCCUCCCGUUGCCCGUCGACACUCAGGGCGAGCUCGUGGGCGACCUCCUGAACGUGCUGAUCGGCGUGGCGUCCACCACCUUUCCUCUCAACCAGAGUGUACAGUUCGACGUGCGCCCCGGCGUGUGCGUGUCGGGAGCCUCUCCGGAAAGCGUGUCUCGUCUUUUGGGCGAGCUGGCCCAGUAUGGCACCUACUACCUGAGGCUGAGCCGCUUCUCCCUGCAGAGUCCUGAAAAGAAGGGCCUGGUCUUCCAGGCUUUCACGGGAGGUCUGAGGAAGUACUUGCAUUACUACAGAGCAUGUGUUCUCAGCACGCCUCCCAGACUCAGCCUACUGACCAUUGGCUUCCUCUUCCGCAAGGUCGGCCAACAACUCAGGUAUCUGUCAGAACUGUGCCGUGUGGACGGGCCUCUGGGUGGCGACCGGGCCGCCUUCCCCGUGGGCGUGAAGCUGCUCUCCCACCUGUACAACGAAGCCCAGAACAACUGCAGCAACGAGAACUACCCGGUGCUGCUCUCCCUCCUCAAAAGCAGCUGCGAGCCCUACACCAGGUUCGUGUCCGAUUGGGUGUACAGUGGCGUGUUUCGAGACGUUUAUGGCGAGUUCAUGAUCCAAGUCAACGAAGAGUACCUCAGCUUCAGAGACAAACACUUCUGGGUCCAUGGAUACACUUUGAUCUCGAAAGACGUGGAGGAGUGCGUGCCCAUUUUCCUCAGGCACAUCGCCAACGACGUGUACGUCUGCGGGAAGACCAUCAACCUCCUGAAAAUAUGCUGCCCUCAGCACUACAUCUGCUUGUCGGAGCUUCCCGUGCCACGGAUCGCCGUCACCUUCUCCCUGCAGGAGGUGGAGGGCAUCGAGAGGGACUGCGCCAUGUACCGGGGCCGCAUGGAGAGGAUCGCCAAGCACAGUGCAGUCAGCCGGGAGGUGCAGGCCCAGCGAGCGGAGGAGGCGCGCCAGGAGCUGAUCAAUCAGGUCAGAGCGUCGGCAGCCAAAACCUUGGAGAGCAUUCGUGGGCGCCAGGUGUCGCAGCGUCUGGCUGAGGAGGCCAGGAAGAGGGAGCGCUUCCGGGAGCUCAAGCAGCACCUGGAACAGGAGCAGGAGUGGCGCAGCUCGGCCAAAAAGAAGCAAGAGGAAGACGACUUCAGCUUUGCCAGAGAACUGCGGGACCGGGAGAAGAGGCUUCAAGCGCUGGAGGAGCAACUGGAGCAGAGAGCCAGGAAGGAGCUGAUCGCCCAGUACAGCCACCUGUCCGAAGAGGCGGCUCGCAAGGAGCGGCGGGCCUUGUGGAGGGCGCAGAGAACGAGACUCGACGAGGCUCGAUCUCACUUCUUUGCGAAUGACCGGCGAGAGUUGCGGGCCAUACUGGAGAAGCAUCCUUUGGGCCAGGUGGGACGUCCAGCUUCACCACAUCAUCACCCCUCAUUACUGGAAAUUCCCUCAGAGCCCCUGGUGGAAACAAAACCGGAGAAGCCCGAAGAAGCGGAAGAGUCUCAGACGGCGGACGCUGCCGCCUUCAUCUCUGGCGACUUUCUCCCCGAGUCGUCAAACCCCGACGACGCCAAGCAGGACGAGAUGGGAGCGGACAUCCCUGAGGCGUGUCCCACCGCGCAGCUUCUCGACUACGACUUCAGCGCCCCCUUCAGUCCGCUGGAAGGAAUCGCCGGCCGCAAAUCUCUGGCCCGGCUCCGGCCCGCUUGCGGCUCCGCCGCGCUGCAGCCCGACGUGCUCCACGAGCGCUCCUCCAUCUUCCGCUUCCCCGCGGGCGAGAACGUGCUUCUGAUCCACGGUCGCGUUUCCACGUCCAACUUGUCCCUCGGACCCGGCGCCCCGGAGGAGCCUCCGAAUGUAUCCCGAACGAACGGGCUGCCUAUUCAGGAUGCGACGCUGCUCGGGCAAGGCGACGCUUCUGCGCUCGUGGAGCAAGACAAAGUCGCGGAACCGCAAGAGGGCGCGGCAGUCAAAGGCGAAGACGGCGCUCAUGCUUUACCGGCAGAAAAACUCGCCGGUCUUUCUAAUCGGAAUACGGUUUGUGCUGUCGAGGCGCCUUCGAACCUGAACUCCCCUCGUUCCUCACGCUCGCCGACGGCGCAUCCCUCAUAUUCGCACAUCGAGAUCGGCAAGCAUGUCUCCGACGUCAAAGCGCCUCAACCUUCCCCCAAUGUCCACGGCAACGCCUCCGAUGCCAACAUCAAAGUAGGAGAAAACGUGUCCGACUUUGUCGAUUCGCUUCCCGCGCGAAACCUCCAUGGCCACGCCUCCGACGCCAACAUCAAAGUCGGGGGAAACGUUUCGGAAUUCUUCUCGCCGCUCCCCGCGCGAAAUCUCCACGGCCACGCCUCUGACGCCAACAUCAAAGUAGGAGAAAACGUGUCCGACUUUGUCGAUUCGCUUCCCGCGCGAAAUCUCCACGGCCACGCCUCCGAUGCCAACAUCAAAGUCGGAGGGAACGUUUCGGAAUUCUUCUCGCCGCUGCCCGCGCGAAACCUCCACGGCCACGCCUCCGACGCCAACAUCAAAGUGGGCGAGUUUGUCUCCGACGUGUCUGAAGCCAGACCCCGAUGGAGUAAGCACGGCCACGCCUCCGACUCCACCCUUCAGGUCGGCUGCGUGGUGUCCGGCUCGCCGCCCGUCUCCGCGCCGUCGCCCGCAAGCGCCCGAGGACACGUCUCGGACUCCAGCUUGGGCGGCGGUUGCGUUGUCACCCCGAGCAACCCGCUUCCCUCCCCGCCGUCGGGCAGUCAAUACGGACACGCCUCCGAUUCUGCUCUGGGUGUGGGCUGCGUGGUGGUGGGCGCUGCGCCACCAGCCUCCGCGCCGGGAGGAGAACGGGGGAACCCGUCACAUUCUUUGCCAGGAGCCCGAUCGGAGGCGGACGCGAAAGUGGAUCACAGCAAAGACGUCAAAGCUGGAGAGUCGGAGACGCACGAGCAGCAGGUGGGGAGCGCCGGGUUUGACUUGUCCCCCGGAGAGAAGCCUGAACGAGAAUACCUCCUGGCCUUGUCCGCUCAGUACCAGGUGGAGCACUACGAGGACUGCUACAGCCUCAUGGCGUCGUCCCCCGAGUGUCAGCUGCUCAAGCACGUCGCCCGGGGCCUGCCCGCCCUCCGGCACGCCGCCGACGCCACCUCGCCGCAGCUCAGCGAGAUGGUCUCCCUGCCGGUUCUGAUCAAACACUCGGUCACCACCCCGCUCAUCACGCACGUGUCGCUGGUGAACAAGGCGGUGGUGGACUACUUCUUUGUAGAGUUGGGGGUGGAGCGCCACUUUGAAGCGCUGCGCCACUUCCUGCUGAUGGACGACGGCGAGUUUGCGCAGUCGCUCAGCGAUCGGCUGUUUGAAAAGAUGGGCAGCGGGCAGACCCCCGGCGAGCUGCUCACCCCGCUGGUGCUCAACUCCAUCCUCAGCAAGGCGCUGCAGUACAGCCUGCACGGCGAUACGCCGCUGGCCGCCAACUUCACCUUCGCUCUGCGCUUCCUGCCCGACACCUUCCACCCCCACGCCCCCGACUCCCUCAACUGCCUGGAGCUGCGCUACAAGGUGGCCUGGCCGCUCAACAUCAUCAUCACCGACAGCUGCAUGAACAAGUACAACCGGCUGUUCUCCUUCCAGCUGCAGCUCAAGCACAUGGUGUGGAGCCUGCGCGACGUCUGGUUCCACCUCAAGAGGACGGCGGUGGUCAAAGGCGCCGGGCGCUCGGUGCAGUUCCGCCAGCUGCAGCUGUACCGACACGAGAUGCAGCACUUCGUCAAGGUCAUCCAAGGUUACAUCGCCAACCAGAUCCUGCAGGUGUCGUGGAGCGAAUUCACCGCCAAGAUGGCCGCCGCCUGCGACCUCGACGCCAUCCACCGCACGCACGCCGACUACCUCAACAGGGCCAUUUUCAGGGCUUUGCUGACGGAGAAGGCCGCUCCGGUGAUGAACAUCAUCCACAGCAUCUUCAGCCUCAUCCUGAAGUUCCGCGCUCAGCUGAUUGCACUGCCCUGGGCCAGCCAGCAGGGGGAGGCAGUGCACCCCAGCUUCAUCGCCAUGCAGCAGUCGUACAACACCUUCAAAUACUACUCGCACUUCCUCUUCAAAGUGGUGACCAAGCUGGUGAACCGAGGCUACCAGCCUCAUUUGGAAGACUUCCUCCUGCGCAUCAACUUCAACAACUACUACAAAGAUUCUUGAGCACCUUUAAGGCGAAUGUACAAUGUAGCACAUGUACGGAUUGACUGGAACAGAUGUAAUUAACAUGCCUCAGACUUAUGUCAUCCUGUGUCUCAUCGGUUUUAAGCAUUUUGUUCACAUAAACCACUAUAUUUGUAAAAAUAAAACAAAUAAAUCAAUUAAAAUAA